GAACGGGGGUGGGCGCUGAUAGUGAGGCGGCUGCUCACUGCUGACUCUGCCUCUUUUCGUCUCGGUGCUCGCAGGAGGUAACGUCGUGCUCGCCGAAGUCAAUCUAGGCCUUUGUUUCUCAUUUUCGCCGUCGCUAUGUCUAAGUCUGAGGGAUCGUCCGAUUACGGGUGCGAUCUUUCUCCUCACGAAUCCCCCAAAGAGCCUGAACAGCUGCGCAAACUGUUUAUUGGUGGCCUCAGUUUUGAGACAACAGAUGAGAGCCUUCGCAGUCAUUUUGAACAAUGGGGCACACUUACAGAUUGUGUGGUAAUGAGAGACCCAAAUACAAAGCGCUCCAGAGGUUUUGGAUUUGUUACUUAUUCAACAGUAGAAGAGGUUGAUGCUGCUAUGAAUGCUAGGCCACACAAGGUUGAUGGUAGAGUGGUUGAACCAAAGAGGGCUGUAUCCAGAGAGGACUCUCAAAGACCUGGAGCUCACUUGACAGUGAAAAAAAUCUUUGUUGGGGGAAUUAAGGAAGAUACAGAGGAGCACCACUUAAGAGACUAUUUUGAACAGUAUGGCAAAAUUGAAGUUAUUGAGAUAAUGACCGACCGUGGCAGUGGCAAAAAGAGGGGGUUUGCUUUUGUUACUUUUGAUGACCAUGACUCUGUGGACAAGAUUGUCAUUCAGAAGUACCACACUGUGAAUGGGCAUAACUGUGAAGUCAGGAAAGCCUUGUCAAAGCAGGAAAUGGCCAGUGCGUCAUCCAGCCAAAGAGGCCGUAGUAGUUCUGGCAGCUUUGGGAGUGGCCGUGGAGGUGGAUUUGGCGGCAGUGACAACUUCAACCGUGGCAGCAACUUUGGUGGCCGUGGUGGGUUUGGCAGUCGCAGUGGUGGAGGUGGCUAUGGAGGUAGUGGAGAUGGCUAUAAUGGAUUUGGCAGUGAUGGUUAUGGAGGUAGUGGCCCUGGAUACUCUGGAGGAAGCAGGGGAUAUGGUAGUAGUGGCAGCUAUGAUGGCUAUAACAAUGGUGGUGGCGGUGGUUUUGGAGGCGGCAGUGGCGGAAGCAGUUUUGGAGGAGGUGGAAAUUACAAUGACUUUGGCAGUUACAACAACCAAUCCUCAAACUUUGGACCCAUGAAAGGAGGAAACUUUGGAGGCAGGAGCUCCGGCCCAUACGGUGGAAGUGGUGGUGGCUACGGUGGCUCUGGCAGUGGGAGUAGUUAUGGUGGUGGAAGGCGGUUUUAAUUCCUAGGAAACAAAGCUUAGCAGGAGAGGAGAGCCAGAGAAGUGACAGGGAAGCUACAGGUUACCACAGUUGUGAACUCAGCCAAACACAGUUGUGGCAGGGUAGAGCUGCCUCAUGAAGACAUGUGUUAGACAAACGCUUGUUUGCAAACAUCAGGACUGUAUUUGUGACUAACUGUAUAACAGGAUAUUUUAGUUUUUGUGUUCUGUGGAAAGUGCAAAGCAUUCCAACAAGGGUUUUUAUGUAGAUUAUUUUUUCCACACCCAUGCUGUUGAUUGCUGACUGUAAUAGACUGAUCAUGACGCUUAAUAAAUGUGUCUUUUUUUAAA